AUGGAAAUUCAACCGUCACAAGAGGGAGAAAAAUUACAGAACGGAUCUGUUCCCAGGUCGAGAAGAAAGAGCUCCAACACCGAAUUAAGCAUAAACUCUUCUAACGUGAGCGAUGAGGAGUCGCUCUGCUCCAUGGUUCUGCAGAUACUGGUGCCAUUCCUGUUGGCUGGUCUGGGGACAGUUUCAGCCGGGAUGCUUCUAGAAGUGGUCCAGACGUGGGAUGUAUUUCUGGAGAUUACGGAGCUCCUCAUACUGGUCCCUGCGGUGUUGGGAAUGAAAGGGAAUCUUGAAAUGACUCUGGCCUCUAGACUUUCAACUGCUGUAAAUGCAGGGAAAAUUGAUCUUCCAGCUGAAAGGUGGAUGGUAAUUACUGGUAAUCUUGCACUUAAACAGCUGCAGGCCACAGUUCUGGGUCUCCUGGCUGCACUCAUGGCCACUUUGCUCGGCUGGAUGGCAGAGGGAAAAAUGCCCUCGUACCACUUCGUUAUUUUGUCUUCCACCAGUCUCUUUACUGCCUUCGUAGCCUCUCUACUCCAAGGGUUUAUCAUGGUUGGAGUAAUCAUUGGCGCAAAGCGGUUGGGACUCAACCCCGACAAUGUGGCGACGCCAAUGGCAGCCAGCUGUGGGGACAUCAUCACUCUGGCAUUACUGGCCUGCUUCAGCCAGUGGGUCCACACUCUCAUGGAACAGAACCCAUUUGUACUGUUCCUGGUGGACUUUGCAAUCGUUUGCCUCAUCCCCGUCUGGAUCAUCAUCUGCUCCAAACAUCCAGACACUCUGAUUCUCCUGCGUACAGGCUGGGAACCCAUCAUCACUGCAAUGGUCAUAAGCAGGAUGGGUUUGACCACGACUCAGAGGAACUGGGACACAUGA